AUGGGAGCCGACUGGUAUAACUUUGUGAGCAUGACAGCUGCUGCGAUUCCUGUUCCGAAAGAAGCGUUGCAGCAGCCGUUUAAUCUGCCGGGUUUCAAGCUGAUGACUUUUAUGCACGAGCACUAUGACAACAAGCUCAAGGAGGACUACAAUGAGUAUCAUGGUGCGAUUAUCUGCCUUGCGGAUACGGAGCUGCUCUUCUCGUCGGUAUACGUCAUUGGCCCAUACGAGAUCCCACUCUACCAGGCUUCGUGCAAGAGGAUGAAGCACUUGGAUGCGCUUAUGCCAGCAGGCAUCCGAGAGAGCUUGGUCAGCGCGUUCGAGAAGUAUACAGGCCGCAAGCCGGAUGUUGUGCCUGGGUUCUGGACCAUCGGCGCCACAUCUGAGUACGAUAUGGAAGGAUCAAUGACGGAGACUGUGACAAGUUCUUCUUCGCUGUGGAGCAGGAUGCUGAUGGAAGCGAUGCGUGAUCGUGAUUCUAGCAUCUAUGGACGAUGCGCAAACACAGAGCGACAUCUGGAUUCAACCGACCGGAGGGAUUUCAAGUGGCUCAAGUACAAGGUCGACCAAGGCGCAGAUUUCAUUGUGACCCAGCUUUUCUAUGGUAUGGUCUUGUUCCUGGACUGGAUCAAAGAGUGUCGCACCCGCGGUAUCGCCGUUCCCACCAUUCCAAAUAUCAUGCCCAUCGAGAGCUUCGGCGGUUUCGGCCGUAUGACCAGUCGCUGCAAUGCCUUUGUUCUCGAGCGCAUCAAGAACGCACUUGAACCCUUCAAAAGCCGAGGCCUGGGACGAGUUCCCCAACGGUCGCCCGCCUUUGGAGAGCUCGAUGGUUACGGUACCUCGCUUAAGGUUGCGGCCAAGGAGGCAUUGGAAUUGUGGGAUCGUCCCUCGAGCCCCCGUGAUGUUGCUUCUCUCUUUGCAAAGUACUGCUAUGGCGAGAUUCGAUCCAUCCCAUGGAGUGAUGAGAGCUCGUUGUAA